UGUUUUAUUUCUAGUAUUAUAAUAUUUUGUAAAAAGUGAGUGUAAGCAAGUAAAAACACAAGCACUGUACAGUGGCUUGAUUCAACAUGUCCACUCCAUCGAAACGGCCGUCAUCGCAAGCGUCGUCGGACGCCCCGACUCCAACCCGCAGGACGCGGUCUUCCCAACAGGAACAGGUGGUCAUCCCGGAGACGCCUCAACGAGCUUCGGGAACAUCUUCUCAAGAUGGGACUCCAGCGACUCCUACUCGCACCCCCCGAGGCACUCCCCGGACCCCACGCGGCACACCCCGCACUCCGCGGGUACCGGGCACGUCACCAGCAAGAGCUUUGCAGUCUAGUCCUAUUGGGACAGAUUUUGACUUGAGCUCACCCCUGAACUAUGGCACACCCAGCUCCCUCAGCACUCCUCGCUCGCUCAUGCGAGGGGUCAUGACACCUGCCAGGCAGAGGGCAGACCUGCGGGGGCAUCAGUUUGGGCGCAAUGUGCCCGCACCAACACCUACUAGAGGGGUGGAAGAGCCAGCAGCAGAGGCGCCAUCAAGUGAACCACAAUUAGUGGUGUGGGGCACGGAUGUAGCCAUAGCCGAGUGCCGUGAGAAGUUCAUCAAGUUUGUGCAGCGCUUCGUCGAGCCGACCGCUGUCACUAAUGAACCACUCUAUGAACAGAAGCUAGAAGAGAUUCACACAUUGGAAGAGCCAUUCUUGGAUGUGGACGUGGAUCAUGUUCGUAUUUUUGAUCCCAAGCUGCAUCGCCAGCUUGUCUGCUAUCCACAAGAGGUUGUGCCAGCGUUCGACGCAGCGGUAAACGAGCUGUUCUUCGAGAAGUACCCGGCCGCGGUGCUGGAGCACCAGAUCCAGGUGCGGCCGUUCAACGCGCCCGCCAGGCACAUGAGGGACCUCAACCCGGAAGACAUCGACCAGCUGGUGACCAUCUCGGGCAUGGUGAUCCGCACGUCCACCAUCGUGCCGGAGAUGCGCGAGGCGUUCUUCAAGUGCGCGGUGUGCGGCGCCGCCGCCGCCGCGGAGCUGGAGCGCGGCCGCGUGCCCGAGCCCGCCCACUGCGCGCACUGCAACACCGCGCACUGCUUCCAGCUCAUACACAACCGCAGCCACUUCAGCGACAAGCAGCUGGUCAAGCUGCAGGAGUCGCCAGAUGAUAUGCCCGCGGGUCGCACGCCGGCCACAGUGACGGUGAUGGCUCACGGCGCGCUGGUGGAGGCCGUGGGCGCCGGCGAGCGCGUCAGCGUCACGGGCGUGUUCCGCGCCGCCCCCGCCACCGUGCACCCGCGGAAAUCGACCUUGCGCGCUCUGCAUAAGACCCAUAUUGACGCGCUGCAUUACAGGAAGGUGCAUAGCGACAGGCUGUUCGAGACUGAAGAGGGCAAGGAGCACCGUUUCCCGCCCGAGCGAGUAGAACUAUUCAAAUCGCUGUCAAAGCAAGCCGACUGCUACGAGCGACUAGCGCGCGCCAUCGCACCCUCCAUCUACGAGAACCUCGACAUCAAGAAGGGCGUGUUGCUCCAACUGCUCGGUGGUACUAAGAAGAACUUCAACGCCGCUGGUCGGACACAUUUUAGAUCGGAGAUCAACAUCCUACUAUGCGGCGACCCGGGCACGUCCAAGUCGCAGCUGCUCCGCUACGUGCACUCGCUCGUGCCGCGCGCGCAGUACACGUCGGGGCGGGGCUCCAGCGCCGUGGGGCUCACCGCCUACGUCACCAAGGACCCCGACACUCGCCAGCUGGUGCUUCAGACGGGCGCGCUAGUUCUGGCGGACAACGGAAUUUGCUGCAUAGACGAGUUCGACAAGAUGAAUGACUCAACCCGGAGUGUGCUUCACGAAGUGAUGGAGCAGCAAACACUAUCGAUAGCGAAAGCCGGCAUCAUCUGUCAGCUAAACGCGCGCACGUCUAUACUGGCGGCCGCGAAUCCAGCCGAGUCGCAGUGGAACAAGAACAAGACCAUCGUCGAGAACGUACAGCUACCCCACACGCUCAUGUCCAGAUUCGACCUCAUAUUCUUGGUGCUGGACCCGCAAGAUGAAGUGUUCGACCGCCGCCUGGCCUCGCAUCUCGUGUCGCUGUAUUACAAGGACCCCGCCGACCCUGAAGAGGACGACCAAGUAUUUGACAUGAGCAUAAUGCGGGACUACAUCGCGUUCGCGAAGGAGAACGUUCAGCCCACACUCAGCGAGGCCGCCCAGCAGAGACUGAUCGACGCGUACGUCGACAUGCGACGAGUAGGCAGCGGCCGCGGGCAGAUCUCGGCGUACCCGCGCCAGCUCGAGAGCCUCAUCCGGCUCGCGGAGGCGCACGCGCGGGUCCGUCUGUCGCCCACCGUCGAGAUCAUUGACGUUGAUGAAGCGUCCAGACUGCACCGCGAAGCCCUGAAGCAGUCGGCCACGGACCCGGCGUCGGGCCGCAUCGACGUGGGCAUCCUCACCACCGGGCUGGGCGCCGCCGCGCGCCGCCGCCGCGCCGACCUGCUGCAGGCGCUCCGUGCCAUCGCGCAGCCGCGAGCCAAGCCGCACACUACCACGCAUGCGAAACUGCUGCAGGAGAUCAAUGCCUCGUCGCAGAUCACGGUGACCCGCGAGCAGCUGGACGAGGCCCUCCGGGAUCUGCAAGACGAGGGCAAGGCCGUCAUCGUCUCGCACACACAUUUGCGCUUCUGCUAACUCGGUUAAACGUUAACCACUUAACCCUUACUUCUGCAACUAAAACACUUUAACUGAAAACGAAUACAAUUAGCUCCUAUGCAGAAAUACACAACUCAGUGCUGCGAAAGAGUAAAGGACUCAUAAACUACAGCCGUAUUCGAACAACGAGAUGCGUCAAAUACUAGAUAUUGAAACGAUAUGAAUCGGAUCUGUCAGUGUAAAAAGUGACGUUUUUGUUUGAAGAAACGGGUAACAUGUAACGGGGAACCUGGUAAAUGAUCUGUUGGUUUAAAAGGGAGGAGUGCAUUUUCAAAAGAACUUAUUUUUGUAUGGUAUUCAAACAGAGAUAAGCCCUUUUGAAAAGCCUCUCCUCAAGUAACUAGAGUCAGUAAAACCGAUUACCAUGCCAUGCCAACUUCAAAAUGUUUGAAUCAGUUAUUACUUUAACCCUUUUCCAAGCUGAUAGUUCAAAAAUGACAAUCGAAUGUCAGUCUUAGAGUCGAUUGCACCAAACUGUUCGUAUCGUUAAAGAGUGCGCUUAAUUUUUAUGUAUGGAAUGUUUCAUAGGAAAGCGCCGGGGCGCGUCGGCUGGCGUUGAUCAGUCUGUAUAAUGUGGUCGGUGCAACUGGCCCUCAUCGAAACGUCGAAAAUAAUAAACUCAUCGAAAAUAGAACACAUGUUUGAAGUACCGUAUGUGGGAAAUAUAUAUCCCGUAGCCUGGUAAAGGGUUAAAAUGCAUUUGUUAACGUUUCAAUCGCGAUAAAGUGCCUACGGAACUCAUGGUUUUACAGAAUGAGUUUAUCAUCUUUGUACCUUAUUAAUAAGUAAGAUAAUUGUUUGUGUACGUUGAUCUUAUUAAUAAAUCAUGUUAUUUUCAUAUAAGAGUAGUUUCACUUGGCUGCAUACUAAGGACAAAACAAAGUUUUUAAUAAAUUAUCUUUAUUUACAUAAAAUCUAACCGCGUAUCAAAAAGCUUGCGGACAAAUAACAAACAACAACAUAAUAUAAUUUGCUAUCUAUUAAAAACAUAGUCAAAAGUACUUGUGCAUUCCGCAAAAUCAAGCCAGUGUCAAAGAAAUUCAAAAUAAAGUGGUUAGGGAAAACUGACUCAUCUCGUAAUACUAAAAUCAAAUACAGCUGAGCGCGAUAUUCAUUCCAUGCUAAAUAAAUUUAUAUUAAGUUCAUACUGUAGCAGCAGAAGUUGCAAAGCGGGCGAGGUGUUCAAAAUUACCUUGACACGCUCUUAUUAACAAUAAAGUAGCGUCAACAUCAUUUUGAACACCUCGCCCGCUUAGCAACUUAUGAUGCUGAGUGUACUGUUCUAUACGAAAUAGAACAGGGCAAAUUUUUCCCUGAACCAUUUCUGAGCAACUGUGUACUGCCAAAAGAUUGCACAAUACAUUUAAAGCUUCACAUUUUAUUUCUAUUAAAAGAGGAGUAGGAAACUAUUUGGAAUGGCUAUUAAAUGGAUAAGGAUGAGGAUAAGAAUUAUUAUAAGGACAGAACAUAAAAAUAGUAAAUAGUUUAUACAUAUCUGGGAAAGCGGAGAUAUAGAUUUCAAGGAUUAUGUAACAAUAGUUAUUUAAUAUGGCAACAAAUUAUAAUACCCAUAGAUGUCAUAUCAUAAACCUUACAAACGAGUAGUUUACUGUGUUUAAGGGCUCAUUUAGAUGAUGCGAGAACUCGCAUGCGAGUUUCAUUACAUUGCGGGUUUUGAUCGGUCGGUUGAAUUGGACGUAACCAACAAUCCGCAAUGUAUAUAAUUAAAAUCGCAUGCGAGUUCGCACGCCGUCUAAAUCAGCCCUAAGGGAGAAAGGCCAUAUGGAAUUUCACACAAGAGUAUGGGUAAGAAUUUUUAUCUUUUCGCCGCUAUAUCAAUGAAGAUCGUGUCAUUCACGAAGACGCGUGGCUUCACUCGUAUCGUCAUAUAAUUAAAGGUUAUAUUUGACAAAUCUGGUGGCGUGUGGAGCACUAAAUAUACAGACUUUAUAUCAAGUCAAUGGCGGCGAAAAGGUUAAAUUAAAAACCGGGCAAGUGCGAGUCGGAUUCGCGCACGAAGGGUUCCGUAUCAUAAUGCAAAAAAAAAAACAAAAAAAAAAUGCAAAAAAGAAACGGUCACCCAUCCAAG